AUGGCAGUAAAACCUAUUGAAGUUGCCAUUAUUGGCGGUGGAAUCACUGGCCUUACAUUGGCUUUGGGCCUGCAAAGGAGAAAUAUUAACUUCCAUAUUUAUGAGAGGGCACAAACUCUUCGCGAAAUAGGCGCUGGAAUUGGAUUCACUCCAAAUGCUGAGCGCGCAAUGCAAGCCUUAGAUCCACGCAUCCACCAGGCAUUUAAGAGCGUCGCAUCACCAAACGCUUCGGAUUGGUUCCAAUGGGUGGACGGCUUCAGCGGUGUUAAUGGCGAUAAAAACACGGUCGAGGAAGAGCUCUUGUUCAACAUGUAUUUAGGUGAACGUGGAUUUGAGGGCUGCCACCGCGCACACUUUCUAAAGGAGCUUGUUGACCGUCUUCCCGAGAACUGUGUCACCUACGGCGCAUUUCUCAAGACUAUAGUCGACCAAGGAGACAAUAAGGCGAUACAGUUGAAGUUUCAAGACGGUACAACCGCUGACGCAGAUCUAGUGAUUGGUUGUGACGGUAUACGAUCGCGCGUUCGACAAUUGAUUUUGGGCGAAGAAAACCCGGCGUCAUAUCCUACAUAUACUCAUAAGAAGGCAUAUCGAGGUCUAAUUCCAAUGGAAAAGGCUCUGCCAGCACUUGGAGAGUCCAAGGUCAACACUCGAUUCAUGCAUCUUGGUCCAGAUGCACAUGCGCUGACAUUUCCGGUGGCUGGAGGGAAGUUGGUAAACGUAGUAGCCUUUGUGACUGACCCAGGUGAAUGGCCGUAUCCAGACAAGCUAUCUGCCCCCGCUGAGAAGAAAGAUGCGAUCGCGGGAUUCUCGAAGUUUGGAGGUGCAGUGCGGACAAUCAUGGGUCUACUAUCGGAAGAUCUAGAUGAAUGGGCCAUAUUCGACACAUACGAUCAUCCAGCAUCCACAUACUACGACGGUCGAAUUUGUAUUGCUGGAGAUGCUGCGCAUGCCUCAUCUCCACAUCACGGCGCAGGUGCUGGUUGCGGCAUCGAAGAUGCUACUGUGUUAGCUACUGUCAUUGAUUUUGCGCAAACUCAAUUGAAGGACUCAGUGGAGAAGUCUCGAUCAGAAGUCUUGAAGGGGGCUUUGGCAACCUACAAUACGGUUAGGCUGGAGCGGUCUCAGUGGCUCGUCGAAAGCAGUCGCAUCUUAGGAGAAAUCUACGAGUGGCAGUAUGAGCCAACUGGUAGCGACAAGAAAAAAUGUGAAGACGAGGUCUCUUGGAGAUCACACAAGAUCUGGGACUACGACAUCGACCAGAUGUUGCAGGAAACAGCCGAGGAUUACAAACAGCGGCUCAGUUCUUGA